UACAAUCGUUGUUGCAGACAAAAAAAAAAUCAGUAAAAGUCUCAUUAUGUAUCGUGAAAAGAAAAAUAUUGACAAUAAAAUUAAUAUUUUAAAUUUCUUUUUUCUAAUAAUUUCGUCAAUUUAAAUAGUGUUCAUGUGCUUCUUGUGAAUUUAUGAAUUCAAUCAAUACAUCUAUUUUUUCUUGGUUACUUUCUAUAUCUAAUCAAGUGACGCCUCCACACUUUAAACCAAGCUUGUUUUUAUUUAUUAUAUUUCUUGUGUACAAAUCAUUUUCAUAUCAUGAAUAACACAAAUUUUCUUUGUACAUUUUAGUUUUUAAUUUCAAUGUAGAAACAAAUAAUUUGAAAUUACAUUAAAAAAAUUAAUUUCUUUUCGACGAUAAGGUAAAUUUAAAUUUAAUUUAUAAAACACUUCGUUCCCCUUCCUAUAAAUUCAAUAAUUUGUUUAAAUAAAAUUUGAAACUGUCAAAAUUGUUUUCAAAACAAAAUGAAUCCUGCAAAUCAAAAUUUAGUGAAUCCUGUUGGUGAUGGAGGAGAAAAUAAGGGCAGUUGCCUAUUGUUGCGCUAUGCCAGUCAAAAUUCUCUGGACGAAAGUUCACAAAAGCAUGUGCCACGUGAAAAUGGCAAGGAUAAACCACCGUAUAGGAAUCAUCAUCAUACGGAUCGAGCCUUUGAGGUUAUGGAUGCUAUGCGCAAACAAAAUCUACUUUGCGAUGUAAUACUAAUAGCAGAUAGUGGAAUUGAAGUACCAGCUCAUAAAAUGAUCUUAGCUGCAUGUAGCCCAUAUUUUUACGCAAUGUUCACAAGUUUCGAGGAACGCGAUCAGGAUAAAAUUACUCUUCAAGGAGUCGAUCACUCGGCUUUGGAAUUACUUGUUGAAUAUGUUUACUCUUCUGAAGUUUACGUCACUGAAGAUAAUGUUCAAGUAUUAUUACCUGCUGCCAAUUUACUUCAGUUGACGGACGUUCGUGAUGCGUGUUGCGAUUUUUUACAAGCACAACUACAUCCAUCGAAUUGUUUAGGAAUAAGAGCAUUUGCAGAUCUUCAUGGUUGUUUGGAAUUACUUACUCACGCCGAUAGUUAUAUUGAACAAAAUUUCUCAGAAGUUGUGGAAGGUGAGGAAUUUUUGACUUUGACGUCACUUCAAGUAGGAAAAUUGAUUUGCAGUGAUCGAUUGACUGUUAAUUCAGAGGAAAAGGUAUUUGAAUGCGUUAUUUCUUGGGUACAUCAUGAACUUGAGAAACGUCAACAUGUUCUUGCUGAAUUAAUGGAACAUGUGCGAUUACCACUUUUAUCGCAAGAAUAUUUAGUACAACGAGUCGAAGAGGAACCACUUUUGAAGAGUAAUUCACAAUGUAAAGAUUUUCUAAUAGAAGCCUUGAAGUAUCAUCUAUUAAAAGGAGAACAAAAAUCUCUCUUUAAAACACCGAGAACGAAACCUAGACAACCGCGGGGUUUGCCGAAAGUUUUACUUGUUGUUGGGGGUCAAGCUCCAAAAGCAAUCCGAAGCGUUGAAUGUUAUGAUUUUAAAAAAGAAAGGUGGUACCAGGUUUCUGAACUUCCGACACGAAGAUGUAGAGCUGGUUUAUCAGUACUUGGUGAUCGGGUAUAUGCUGUUGGGGGUUUUAAUGGAUCUUUGCGAGUUCGAACGGUGGACGUUUAUGAUGCAUCUGCUGAUAAUUGGCAAGCAUGUCCUGGAAUGGAAGCAAGACGAUCAACUCUAGGUGUUGCUGUUCUUGGAAAUUGUAUUUAUGCAGUUGGUGGCUUCGACGGCUCAACAGGUUUAAAUUCAGCUGAAGUUUAUGAUCCCAGGUCACAUGAAUGGAGAAUGAUUGCGCCAAUGUCAACACGACGAAGUAGUGUUGGAGUUGGUGUAGUUAAAGGAAUGUUGUAUGCUGUGGGAGGUUAUGACGGUGCAUCACGACAAUGUUUAUCUAGCGUUGAGUGUUACAAUCCAGAGAAGGAUCAAUGGAAACCUGUACCCUCAAUGUCUGCGAGAAGAAGUGGUGCUGGAGUAGGAGUUCUUGAUGGGAUUCUAUACGCAGUCGGUGGUCACGAUGGACCUCUAGUUAGAAAAAGUGUUGAGGCUUACAAUCCGGAGAGCAAUCAAUGGACACCGGUUAGUGACAUGGCACUUUGUCGACGAAAUGCAGGUGUUGUAGCACUCAAUGGAUUGCUAUAUGUGGUUGGUGGAGAUGACGGAUCUUCCAAUUUGGCCUCUGUAGAAGUUUAUUCACCCAGAACUGAUACUUGGAUAACACUGCCAACAUGCAUGAGUAUUGGUCGUAGUUAUGCAGGAGUAGCGAUAAUCGACAAAUCAAUGGCCUCGGCAUCGACCAUGUGAGGACUGCAGAC